AAAUAUUAGGAGGCUAUGGAUUUUAAGAAGGAAUACUUGGAUGCUGUUUUGGUCCCAGCUGGGCUGCUGUUCAUGUUUCUUUACCACCUCUUCCUCCUCUCCCGAUACCUCCAUGACCCUAUCAAAACAUCCAUCGGUUACGAAAACAAAGACAAAGAAACUUGGGUUGAAAAGAUUCUGAAGGUCCCUGAGGAUGCUAAUGAUGUUGCAGUGAAAGACAAAGUUAGCGCAGGACUUGGUGUGAUUUCCUCAAACACAACUGCAACCAUGACCUUAGCAUCAAUCUCCUUAACUCUCAGCACAUUAAUCGGAGGCUGGAUUGCAAGUUCCACCAACAACUUGGUGCCGCUAGAAAUUGUUUACGGCAACAUAAGCGAGUCAAUCAUCUCUAUCAAGUACCUAUGCCUGUUGAGCUGCCUUCUCCUUGCUUUCUCGUUCUUCGUUCAAUCUGCAAGGCACUUUAUCCAUUCAAACUACCUGUUGAGCACUCCGGGAGCCACAAAGGAAGAGGAUGUGGAGAAAGUGCAGACAGCGGUCGAAAGAGGCAGUAUCUUUUGGUCCUUGGGACUCAGAUCACUAUAUUUUGGUCUUAAUUUUUUGCUGUGGUUCUUCGGGCCUAUUCCAAUGUGUGCUUGCUCUAUUGUAAUGGUAUUCGUCCUGUACUGCCAUGAUUUCAAGAAGGACGCCAAGCCUUUGGAUAAUCGAAAGAAAGGAUGAGUGAAUAUCAAUUUCUCGACCAUCUGAUUUCUUGAGCAUGAAGCCAUGAACUGUAGAUGUACUACUGAACCGAUCAUAGAAUGAAUGCAAUUGUGUCUGGUUUAUGC